AUGUAGGAGGGGACUAUGUUGAAAAAUAAAUGUGCUAGGUUUUCUAAAAUUGACUCCUUCUACCUUAGGCCACAAACUUAUCAAUCACCCCUCGUACAACAUCAACAUAACGUCUGAUCUCCUGUAAUCAAUAAUUUGAUCUAUGAAAGCCAAUGUGCCUAAAGCUUUCUUUACAACCCUACCUACCUGUGAUAUCACUUUCAAGGAAUUAUGAUUCUGUAUUCCCAGAUCCCACGUUGCACUGCACUCCUCAGUGCGCUACUGCUCACUGUAUAAGUCCUACCCUGGUGUGUCCUCUCGGAGUGCAACGCUGCACUCUUGUCUGUCAUUUUUCAGUCCACUUUUGUCCAGAUCCCGCUGCAAUCUUUGAAAGCCUUCCUCACUGUUUGCUACACCCCUGUUCUUGGUGUCAUCUUCAAAUUUGCUGAUCUGGUUUACUACAUUUUCAUCCAGAUUGUUGAUAUAGAUGACAAACGACUGUGGACCCAGCACUGAUCCCUGCGGCACACCACUUGUCACAGGCCUCCAGUCAGGGCAGCAACCAUCCCCUGCCACUGCCGCAAAGCCAAUGUAAAAUCCGAUUUACGACCACAUCCUGAAUGCCAAGUGACUGAUAAUUCCUGAACAACCUCCCAUAUGGGAUCUUGUCAAAGGCCUUGCUAAAGUCCACGUACACAACAUCUACUGCCUUGCCUUCAUCAACUUUCCUGGUAACAUGCUUGAAAUUCUUUGUAAGAUUGCUUAGAGCUGACCCAUGUGCAAAGCUAUGAUAAGUAUCCAUCAUUAGUCCCUGUCUAUCCAAAUACAUAUAUUCAAUCCCUUAGACUGCCUUCCAAUAACUUACCCAUUACUGAGGUCAGGCUUACCAGCCUGUAGUUUCCUGGCCUAUCUUUGGAGCCUUUCUUAAACAAUAAAACAACAUUAGCUGUUCCCCAAUCUUCCAGCACCACAUAUGAUGCCAAGGACAUUUUAAAUAUCUUUGCUGGAGGGCCUGCAAUUUCUGCAAUAGCCCCCAUAAGGUUCGAGGGUACAGCUUGUCAGGCCCUGGGGAUUUACCCACCCUAAUUUGCCUCAAGGCAGCAAACACCACCUCCCCUACAAUCUGUAUACAGUUAAUGAUCUCACUGCUGUUUUGCCUUAUUUCUACAGACUCUGUGUCCAUUUCCCGAGUAAAAAUAGACACAAAAAAAAUCAAUUGUAAGAUGUCCCCCAUCUUUUUUUAGAUGAUCACUCUGAUCUUCAAGAGGACCAAUUUUGUCUCUUUCAAACUUUUUGCUGUUAAUAUAUCUGCACAAUUCCUUUGGGAUUCUGCUUCAGUUUGUCUGUGAGAGCAACCUCAUACUUUCUUGUAGUGCCCCCCACCCCCCCCCCGAUUUCAUUCUUAAGUGUUCUCUUGCAUUUCUUGUAUUCCCCAAGUACCUCACUCGUUCCAUCCUGAAUACACCUAUCUUGUACCUGCUUCUUCUUAACCAGGGGCUCAAUAUCUCUCAAAAACCAAAGUUCCCUAAACCUGCAGUCCUUGCCUUUUAUUCUGACAGGAACAUACAAACUCUGUACUCUCAAAAUUUCACUUUUGAAGGUCUUCCACUUAACCAAGCAGACCUUUGCCUGAAAACAGCCUGUUCCAGUCUACACUUGCCAGAUUCUUUCUGAUACCAUCAAAAUUAGCCUUUCAUCAAAUUAGAAUCUCAACAUGAGUUUCAGACCUAUCCUUCUCUUUAAUUAUCUUGAAGUGAAUGGCAUUAUGGUCACUGGAAGCAAAGUGGUCCCCUACACAAACUUCUGCCACCUGCCCUGAGUCAUUCCCUAAUAGGCAAUCACUAAUCACAUUCCCUCUAGUUGGGUCCUUUAUGUACUGAUUAAGGAAACUUUCCUGAACACAUUUGACAAACUCUAUCCCAUCCAGCCCUUUUACAGAAUAGGGAGCCCAAUCAACAUAUGGAAAUUUAAAAUCACCUACAAUCACAAACUUAUGUUUCUUGCAACAGUCUGCAAUCUCUCUACAAAUUUGCUCCUCUAAACCCAUGGAUUGUUGGGUUGUCUAUAAUAUAAUCCCAUUAACAUGGUCAUCCUUUUCUUAUGCUUCCAUUCUACUCCUAACUCCUCACUAGAUGUGCUCUCCAGCCUGUUCUGUCAGCACUGCCGUGACAUUUUCUCUGACUAGUAAUACCACCCCUCCCCUUUAAACCCUCCCACUCUAUCACAUCUAAAACAACAGAACCCUGGAAUAUUGAGCUGCCAGUCCUGUCUCUCUUUCAAUCAAGGCUCACCUAUGGGUACAGUGUCACAAUUCCACAUGCUCUAAGCUCAUCUACCCUUUCUACAAUACUCCUUGCAUUGAAAUAUACACAACUCAGAACAUCAGUCCCAUCAUGCUCAACCUUUCAGUUGCUGACUUUGUUUGUAGACUUAACAACAUAUUUCCCACAACCACUCCAUGAUCUGCUCUGGCACUCUGAUUCCCAACCCUCUGCAACUCUCAUUUUAUCCCCCCUGUGCAGCACUAGCAAAUUUUCCCGCAAGGGUAUUAGUCCCCCUCCAGUUCAGGUGCAAACCAUCCCUUUUGCAGAAAUCUCACCUUCCCUUAAAGAGAGCCCUAUGAUCCAAAUAUCCGAAGCCCUCUCUCCUGCACCAUCUCCUUAGCCACAUGUUAAACUGUAUUAGCUUCCAGUUUCUAGCCUCACUAGUACACAGCAAGGAUGGCAAUCCUCAGGUCACAACCCUGGUGGUCUUGUAUUUUAACUUGGCUCUUGAUGCACCAUCAAUAACUCUCGGAGACGGGAGGCGAACGAUAGGCUUUUAUUAGCAGCAAAGUGACCACAACAUCUUGGAGUCUGAGGGAGGAGCAGUGCCUCCAAUCGCCUUUAUACAGGGUUCUGUGGGAGGAGCCACUGGAGCAGUCAGCAGAGGGGUGUGUCCAGACAGGUAUACACAUAAUUUACCACAGCUCUUAAUCCCCUAAACUCACUUUACAGGGCCUCAUCACCCUUCCUAGACAUGUCAUUGGUAUAAAUGUGGACUACAACCUUGGCUUCUCACCCUCCCACUUAAGAAUGAUGUGGACCCAAUCUGUUAUGUCCCUAAACUUGGCCCAGAAGGCAGAAUACGAUCUGCAAAUCUCAUUUCCAUCCACAGAACCUCCUAUCUGUUCCACUAAUUAUUAAAUCCCUUAUCACUACAUUUAUCAUCUUCUCACCCCUUCCCUUCUGAACCAGAGAGCAAGACUCAGUGCUAGAGACCUAACCGAUUUGGAUUCCCUCUGUCAGCUCGCUCCCCCAAACAGUAUCCAAAGUGGUAUACCUGAGGGGGAUGGCCACAGAGUACUCUAUACUGGCUGUCUAUCUCUUCUCCCCUCCUCACAGGUCACCCAUUUUCCUGUGUCCUGCAUCUUGGGUAUAACAACUUAGCUGUAUGUCACUUCGAUCAACCCCUCAGCCUUCUGAAUGAUCUGGACUUCAUCCAGCUGCAAUUCCAAUUCCUUAACACAGUCUGUAAGAAGCUGCUGCUGGAUGCAGUCUUGCAGGUGUCUAGAAGCCAUUGUUGUACACUUGAAGUCUGGAAAACAUGAAGAGCCAUAUGUCAGCAUUACCAGGAAAAAAAGACUCCACCAUGGCCAGGCAAAUGAGUUUGAAAAAGAAGUGGAUCACUCAACGAGGAAGUUGAAUAUCCAUCGCAAUGCUUUUCAUCGGGCAUCUGUCAUUCAAGCCUUCUUGGGUUCCACACCCCAGCUUGUCCUCCAGCUUUAUAUCAGCAUAGUGCAGAAGUACAUUCCACCCACACGAACUGCUCUGAUGCUACUGUCAUUGGUGUCAGUCACUUACGGAGCCCUGGUGUGUAACAUCCUCGCCAUCCAGAUCAAGUAUGAUGACUACAAGAUCCAGCUGAGACCAAUUGCUUACAUUUGCAUUAUCUUCUGGCGCACCUUGGAAAUUGCUACACGGAUCACAGUGUUGGUGCUUUUCAGCACUGCUUUGAAGGAGUGGGUCUUUGCAGUGCUCUCUUUUGACUUCCUAGUCCUUUUCUUUCUUCCUUGGGUGGAGUUCUGGUGUGGCCACGCACCUUUCCCUGAAAACAUUGAAAGGAACUACAAACGGUUUGGCACAACUGUAGCUCUGUUACUCGUUUCCAUACUCUAUGCAGGAAUUAAUGUGUUUUGUUGGUCAGCGGUCCAACUAUUGCUCAGCAAUCGUGAUUUAAUCAGCAAGAAACAGAACUGGGUCAGGCUAUCUAUUUAUUAUACUCUACGGUUUAUGGAAAAUGCAGGGCUUCUAGCUUUGUGGUACAUUUUCAAGACUGAAGUGUAUGAGUACAUUUGUUCCCCAUUGCUGGUGGUCCAACUAAUCAUUUCCUACAGCUUGGCCAUCAUCUUCAUGCUGUUGUUUUAUCAAUAUUAUCAUCCAUGCAGGCAGCUUUUCACCCAUAACAUUGCAGAUUGCCUUGAAUGCACCUGUUGGAGGGGGCCUCAUUUUGAGCCUGCAUUUCCAAAUUCAUAAUUCGAUUUUUCAAUGUGCCUUCAGGUAGAUGUGGUAAAUUUGCAAUUUUGUUGCUUCUUUCACUAUUGCCUUUUCUUGGUAAAAGAUGAAAUAUGUGAAUUGUAAACAAGCUGGUGAUUUUCACAAUGCUUAGUGACGGGUCAGUUUAAUGCUUGAAGUCCGUGCUUCUGUACAAACUGUAACUGUUCAAAUGUUCUUAAAGAUGCACAUUAAGCAAAGAAGAAAAACAGUGUUUCAAACUCAUUUUUCCAAAGACCAAGAAAUUUUUGAGAGCUAUUCUCUAAAUUGGUCUAAGAAUGUCCAAGCCAAUAGAUGUAUUUUAAUAUUAAAAACAAGCCACAAAACUUCAUUUAUUUGGGAGUAUGGAGGCUGGACUAUACGGAAUAUAUGCGUUUAAUUAAACAUUGUUAUUAAGUUAGAAACAUAAGGAGAUGAUCUUUUCCUCUGAGCCCAUUUGUACGAAGCAAUGUUUACAGAGCCAAUUGACUGAAUUUUUCCUGAUGUUCAAACAAACUUCUUUUGAAAAUUUGUUUGCAAGUAAAUUAUUUUUUAUUGUAAA